ACGAGCCCGAGUUGGAAUCAAACAUCGGAAGACGGAAUAUGUAUGUAAAUGCAUGUUGGUGAACAGCUAGUUCGUAUAAAUCGGCAUAAGAUGGGGAAGUUCUUGUUAACAUUCGUGCGGCAUGGAGAAACCGAAUACAACAAGAAGAGAUUACUUCAGGGCCAGAUUGAUAUUCCACUCAACGAGCAAGGAAUCAAGCAGGCAGAUGCUCUGGGACGUUAUUUAUCAAACGAGAGAUUUGAUCGCAUAUACUCCAGUGAUUUGAGUCGUUGCGUGCAGACAGCAGAGGGUGUCAUUAAAAAUGCUGCCGUCCCACGACCAAGCAUUAUCACAGAUGCAAGACUCAGAGAAAGGCACUUUGGUGAAGACGAAGGGAUGCCAAGAGAUUCAAGAACAAGCAGGGGUAAAAAGGAACCAAAUGGAGCAGAAACUAGAAGCCAGGUAAUUGACAGAGGACUGUCAUUUUUUGAAGAUCUUUGCCUGGCUGUCCAUAAGGAGUUUGGACACCGGAUGGACGACUCCAGCAAAGACAUGGUGGGCUCCUCCGCUGAUGGACAGGAUGAAAAAGUAGAAGAGGGUGAUUCCUUUGAAGUGGUCUUCGCCGAUGACGGAUCCCCAGGAGUUGGUACUUGCACUGAUAGUGUCACACCAAAUUCAGUGCAUGGGACUGUAGUAAGUCAACAGGAAAAAGAUGAUGGUGACUUUGGUGAGCGUGAAGUCAAAAGAACUAGAUAUGAUGCAAGUACUACAGACAGGACUUCAGAGGCUUCUCAAGAUCCGCAGCUUCAACGUAAGGUAUCAGAUUCUAAUAGAAUAUUGUCAGGUAAUUCUAUUUUCAAGUCCGAUGCGACAUGGAUGGACCAAGCACCUCCAAACUGUCCCCACAUUUUUGUAUCAUCUCACGGCUACAUGCUACGUGCCUUGUUCCAAAGUCUGCUGAAACGCUACAAGAUGAUUCUCCCCGGUUCGCAAAAAGUGCUUUGGACGAGAUGCCCAAACACGGGGCUGAGUACAUUUCUCCUUACUUUAGACAGUGAUGGCUUUCCGCGUCAUAUAGAAAACUAUUUCCUGCAUGCUGUCAUGCACUUGGAGGGUAUCGAGUUUAUACAGGUGAAUGGUAAAUAAUAUACACAUAUACAGGAGGGAGGGGUAAAAAGUGGGGAGAGAGAAGGGAGUCGAAGGAAUGGAGGCAAUCAAAUGAGAGGGAUGGGGGAGAAUUUAGUUCCAAUCGUCUCCAUAUAGGAUUCUGGCUGACUGUCAUCAAGCAUAGAUGUGGAUGAUAAUUUGCAAUGAUAUCAAUAAUUUGUUUUACUUAUGGAAUAAUAAUAAUAAUAAUAAUAGGCAUUUAUA